GGCCAGGCCCCAGUGCAUUGUGGGACGCGGGCUGACGGUGAAGUCAAGAUGGCUGUGGACCUGAAGCAGGGUGAAGAGCCUGCAGUGGAAAGGCCGUGAAUGAAGUUUUAGACCGAACAUCUGUCGUCGCUGCUGGUGAAGUCGUAAUCGAACCCGCCCCAGACUCGGCACGUUUGCAAAACCUGCAGCAGAAUCGCGAUCAACCGAGGAGGAAGUGUCGUAUGAAUUCCGACGAGGAGGAGGACUGUGAGUGUGCGCCACCACAGGCCGAGACCAGCCCCGCAGGAGGACCCGAUAGAGAAUACGAGGAGCCUGCAAUAGAAAACCCAGAAGCAAGCCGAAUGAAGCGAGCAGCUGCCAAACAUCUAAUAGAGCGCUAUUACCACCAGUUAACAGAGGGCUGUGGGAAUGAGACAUGCUCCAACUCAUGGUGUGCCUCAUCAGUCGGCUUCAACCGCAUGGAUAACAAUGCGGCGGCGGUCAAAGCCCUGGAGCUCUACAAGGUCAACGCUAAGCUAUGUGACCCCCACCCCUCGAAGAAGGGCACGGCCUCUGCCUACCUGGAGAGCAGCGCCCGCAGCAACUCGGCCUGCCUCAACAGGAAGAUGAACCAUAAAGAUGUCCACUCUGUACGGGACAAUUUCAGAGAUGUGAAUUACCUGACAGAGGAGAAAGUGUAUGAGAUCUUGGACAUCUGUGGAGAGAAGGAGGAUUAUUCGCCCCUGAUCCGAGUAAUAGGGCGGGUGUUCUCUAGUGCUGAGGGCCUGGUGGAGAGCUUCAGGAGAUCCAAGCCUCACACCAAGGAGGAGCUCAAGUCCCUUCAAGGUAAAGAUGAGGACAAGGACGAGGAUGAGAAGGAGGCUGCUGCCUGCUCUGCCACAGCCAUGGAUGACUCCCCAGCCUCCUCCUCCUCAUCAAGGCUGGGUGAGGGCUCUUCAGAGAAAAACGAUGUCCAAAAGCUGGCCCCUGAUGAGGUGUCGGUGGACAUCGAAGCUGUGCGUCGGGUCUACGAACGCCUGCUAUCCAAUGAGAAGAUUGAAGCCGCCUUCCUGAACGCACUGGUCUACCUCUCACCCAAUGUAGAGUGCGACCUGACGUACCACAAUGUGUAUUCACGAGACCCGAACUACCUUAACCUGUUUGUUAUCGUGAUGGAAAACAGCAACCUCCACAGCCCAGAGUACCUGGAGAUCGCCCUCCCACAGUUCUGCAAGGCCAUGAGCAAACUCCCGCUGGCAGCUCAGGCCAAGCUAACACGCUUGUGGGCGCACUACAGCGCCGAGCAGAUCCGGCGCAUGGUGGAGACCUUCCAGCAGCUCAUCACCUACAAGGUGAUCAGUAACGAGUUCAACAGCCGCAAUCUGGUCAACGAUGACGACGCAGUGGUGGCGUCCACCAAGUGCUUGAAGAUCGUCUACUAUGCAAACGUGCUGGGCGGCGACCUCGACAUGGAGCAUAACGAGGAAGAGGAUGAGGAGCCCAUCCCAGAGUCCAGUGAGCUCACGCUGCAAGAGCUGCUGGGCGAGGAACGGCGGAACAAGAAGGGCCCGCGGGUGGACCCCCUGGAAACGGAGUUGGGGAUCCGCACCAACGAUUGUCGGCGGCCUCUCAUUCCCUUCGAGGAGUUUGUCAAUGAGCCUCUGAACGAGGUGCUGGAGAUGGACAAGGACUACACUUUCUUUAAGGUUGAAACUGAAAACAAGUUCUCCUUCAUGACGUGUCCCUUCAUCCUAAAUGCCGUCACCAAGAACCUGGGCCUGUACUACGACAACCGCAUCCGCAUGUACAGUGAGCGGCGUAUUACUGUGCUCUACAGCUUGGUGCAGGGCCAGCAGCUCAACCCCUACCUGCGGCUCAAAGUGCGCAGAGACCACAUAAUUGACGACGCUUUGGUCAGGUUGGAAAUGAUAGCGAUGGAGAAUCCUGCAGACUUGAAGAAGCAGCUGUAUGUGGAGUUUGAAGGAGAGCAAGGUGUUGAUGAAGGAGGCGUUUCCAAAGAGUUUUUCCAGCUGGUGGUGGAGGAAAUCUUCAACCCAGAUAUUGGCAUGUUCACAUACGAUGAGCGCACCAAAAUGUUUUGGUUCAACCCGUCAUCUCUUGAAAACGAGGGCCAGUACACUCUGAUCGGCAUCGUCCUCGGUCUGGCAAUCUAUAACAACUGUAUCCUGGAUGUCCACUUCCCCAUGGUGGUCUACAGGAAGCUGAUGGGCAAGAAAGGAACGUUCAGGGACCUGGCUGACGCCAACCCGGUUCUGCACCAGAGCCUGAAGGAGCUUAUGGAGUACGAGGGCAGCGUGGAGGAGGACAUGAUGAUCACUUUCCAGAUUUCCCAGACCGACCUGUAUGGGAACCCACUCAUGUAUGAUUUAAGGGAAAACGGGGACAAGAUUCCAGUCACGAAUGAAAACAGAAAGGAGUUUGUGGCGCAGUAUGCAGAGUACAUGCUGAACAAAAGUGUGGAGAAGCAGUUCAAAGCCUUCAGGAGAGGCUUCCACAUGGUCACCAACGAGUCGCCGCUCAAAUACCUGUUCAGACCAGAAGAAAUCGAGCUGCUCAUCUGUGGAAGCAGGAACCUGGACUUCCUAGCACUUGAAGAAACGACAGAAUAUGAUGGCGGUUACAACAGAGAUUCUCGAAUCAUCAAGGAGUUCUGGGAGACGUUGCACUCGUUUGGGGAGGAGCAGAAGCGUCUCUUCCUGCAGUUCACCACUGGCACGGACCGAGCACCUGUGGGUGGGCUGGGCAAGCUGAAGAUGAUCAUUGCCAAGAACGGCCCUGACACAGACAGGUUACCGACGUCUCACACUUGCUUUAACGUGCUGCUGCUGCCCGAGUACAACGACAAGGAGAAGCUGCGAGAGAGACUGCUGAAAGCCAUCACCUAUGCCAAAGGGUUUGGCAUGCUCUGAGCCCCUGCUCCACACACUCAGCAAAGGGACUCCUUCUCAGAAAGCCCACCAAACCCUUCCCCCCCCCCCGCCCUUCCUUUAUCAGACACGAUCCCAACGGUGACAAAGAGUACGUUCCGAGGAAAAGCAAGUCAAUAAUGCGAGAGGAGACACGGUUCCAAUAGAGCGCUCUGGUAGUUCUUCUGCUGUGCCUGCAUCAUCCUCAUCAGUCAGUGUGAGCACAGACCUCCUGAUCAAAGUACCCCCCCCCACCCCACACACACAUCCACAUUAAGUGAAUGUGCCGCAGCCUCCCCUCCUUUUUUUUUUCUAUGUACAGAGAGGAUCAGUUUCCUUAUUAUUUAUUUGAAGGCAAAAAAUGGGUGAUUAUUUUUUUUUUUCAUGCCUGCCUGUUUCUUCCCUACUUGUGGAAAUGGAUAGAGGUUAAUAUUAAACGAUGUAAAUUUAGGAUGAUACAUUAACAAGUCAAUAUAAACCCCCCCCCCGUUUAUUGAACAAGAAGCUGUUAGUGUAGCCCUGAGUUCACGGAGCGUUGACAGAGGAAAUCUAGUUCUAGAAUAGUCUUGAAUACAAAAUAUUGUAUUCCCCAGUGAGAAGAAGAGCUCUCGCUGACCGUUCCCCUCACAGCCGUCACUUAUUCUUUCUACCAAGGUAAGAAAUCUGGAAAAUUACUGUCAUUUGCUCCAAAAUGGCAUUAUACAAUAGCAAUUUUUCUGUUUUUUGUUUUUGGCCUUUUUAUUUCCUUUUGGGGAGGGGGGGGGAGCGGACACCGCAGGUUAGAUCCAAACCUUGUCAGAGCUGUGUAAGUGCACUUAGACAUUUUCAGAAUGUUUGUUUUUUGGCCACAGGUCGCCACGAUUGUUUGAAGCAUUUUAUUCCCAUGUCUUCCUGUGUUGACAAUUCUAACUAAAAUAAAAUUAAAAAACAACAGUAUUUAUAUAUCAGUGGGGUUGGAGCUAUGAUACCGUAUCGUGCAUGUUCUGGAGGAUGUCCACAUGUAAACCAGUCACCGAUGAUGUUCUCAGAUGAAGACCUAGAGCUCUUCUUGUGCCAACCUAUAGUCAGAUCCUAGGUGAAACCCCAGUAAGCACUUUUGUGUUGUCUGUUUCUGGCUUAGUCUUGUCUGAGUGGACAGCUCACACUGCGGCCUCUGUUCAGUGUAACUCCAGUGUAUCUCUCAUACAGUCGGGUGGGCGGUGUGCACGAGAGGAAACGUCACUGACGAGCUUUGCUAACCUUGUAACCUUGAGUCCACUGGACCCAGAUCUCUGGCUUUGGUUACACCUGUCAUUUUAUCACCUGGCAGCAUCACUGGGGAAAGUGCGAUCACGUCCACCAGCCCCAGAUCCCAGUACGGGCUGGACGGCUCUGUGAUCGGACACUGGGCACAUGAGGACAGCAGUCUGAGCACAAUCUGAGCAAAGUGAUUGUUCCGUCCAAACUGCAGUGAAGGGUCAGUCUACCCUGAAGCCCCUGAAACGUUCCCAUCAGCCCCUCCUUAGCCGUUAGACCCACUGUCUUAAUGUGUAGAGCUGUUGUUUGAUCUGCGCUUAUGAGAGGAGGGGGGGAGACAACAUUUAAGGGAACAGCGACGUUUUGAUUGAAUGCGCUCACUAACACCAUGAAAUGAGAAGAUGAAUCUAAUGUAAUAUCUCGUUUAAGUCCACUCACGGCCAAACGGUCAACCUCGCUCUGUAGAACAAGAGGAUGCGGUCACGUUUAUAUUGUAUAGUUUUAGUUAUAAUGGAUACACAAAGGCGAGGGUACCUGUGUCCCCCCCCCCCCCUGUACACAGAGACAACACUGAUGUGGAUUGUCUUCUGCGACUCCGGGGAGACGGUACUGUGUGGACACAUCACUGUGAUCACAUUUCAAUUUGGAUCUGUGACAUACGUUCAUUGAGAAUGAAAACAGGUGUAACCACUGUCGAUGAAGAAGUCGUUUUUGUGUGUUUUGUCAACAUGAAUUGGAAUAUCAGCUGUGAAAUCCCCCUCUCAAAGAACAGGCAGACAUUUUCUUUUCUUUUAUAAUUCUUUGUUUGUUCACUUUAUUGGGCUGUAAUUUUUUUAUUUUUGACCUCUGCUAUUUUCAAACUCUGUCAAUCGAGGGCAAGUGACACAUGUCAUCAGACGCCCCCUGCUGGGUUUGAAAUGACUCGACAGUUGAACCAAGUUAUUUAAACCACUUAUGAGGAAGAGAAAAAAAACAAAGUGGACCCAACUGAAAUAUCAGUUCAUUGAAUUGUUGUAUCGUGCACAUACAGUAACUAUGGAUUUGUACAUUGUUUCUAAGACGAUCCUCUGCAAAAAGCAUUGUUUCUUUUCUUUUUUUAGCUCAUUUACUAAAAAAUGAUAUAUACCCAGAUCCUUUCAAACCACGAGCUGUGUUCUUGAAAUCUAAAUUUAUUUUCCAGAGUUCCAAUCGUUCAGUAGAAAUUGAGAAUCAAUGUAAACCAUCGCAUCAAGGUGCAGCCAGUCUUCACUCAAACUUGAGAUGGAUCACAAAGCUCAAGCACAAUGUCAGUUUAACAUGGUUUUACUUCCAAAAUAAGUGGUUGAGAUCAUUUGGGUAAACUGGAUAAAUGCAUGUUGCUGUAAUGCGUUCGAACAGUUUCCCCCCCUCAUCUCAAGUGCUGGUGUGAAAUGGUACAGCUCCUAUGUCACGGUCUGCUCACCAGCUUCUCUAAACUUUCAACCACAGCUCACUGUCCUUAAAUCAGUAAAUGAAGCUGGCUCAUCUGUCAAUUUGUCCAGUCACAGGAUACCAGAUGGUCCUACGUGGGGGGGGGGAGUGUAACCCCUGCCUCUGUUCAGAGAUGGUUCUCCAAUGUGAAUGUCCUUGAUCUUUCCUUUGCUUUCUCGGUGUCAACUUCGAGGACCAUCCAGAGGUCAAAGAUCAGUGGAGAGGCAGGGUUUUCCAUUUCUCCCUCGUAACCAGCCGCCUGUUACCGUGUGACCCACGUUUAUUUUCAUUGGCGACCGAGCCGAACUUCAGGACAUCCCAGCAAACUCCAUCCACUGAUGAAAUCCAAGAGAUGUGGUUGAAAGGCCCGGGGGAAAUUGCUAAGUGGACCGUCAGUUAAUAUUUCUUAGGGAUUAUUUAAUGAACGUUUCCUUGAACAGAACCUUGUUCAAAGUGUAACCUUGUUGAAAGCAUCAGCGCAGGGGAGGAGCGAUACAACGAGGCCUGUCUGCUUCGUGUUGUCAUGGGCACUUCUGUGGUGGGAGGUGGGAGGUUGAAUCUGUCCUGUGAAUCAAGACUACCUGAUACUUUGAAUCUCUGCUCAGCCUUGGGGGGACGUGAUGGCGCUCCGCAGCACGCCACUGAACCACGGUGCUCAGACCGCCGCCGCACACGACAACCCUGAGCCAUUCUUUGUGUUCCAUUGCUCUUUAUUUUCUUCGUGGUCACGGUUUCAACCAGAUCUGGGCGAAAAUGAUGAACUUUCCUUCACUGCUUGUUCUGGCCUGCGACGGAGGACAAACACUGGACUGUGUUGCAGAGUCACCACAGCACUGUAGUAAACUUUGCUCAUGUUGCUCUUAAGUAAACCUCAAUCAUGUGGAAGGCUCAAACAAAGGGUAAAGGAUUAGUUCCAACAGUUAUCGAGCCCAGAUCUGGUUUCAGCUGUUUUAACAUUACUCUGUACCUCCGUUUUGUAAUGCUGAAGAUGCUGCUCACCUGGGCUCCGGAGCCUUGUGAAGGUCAAAGGUGAGAGGGCAACCUGAUCUUGGAAAGGGAAGCGGUUUUUUCUCGUGAAUUGGUUUUACUCGACAGUUCCAAACAGUUUCUAAAAAGAUAAAGGCUAAACUGAUGAAAGGCUAAAAGUAUUCAGUGUUGUGAAAACAUGCUAAAUAAAGAUGACUGCUUUUUUCCAA